UACAGAGAUAAGACCUUAAUGCCCCCAUGCAGACACCUUCUCGUGUCUAAAUCCCCUCCUCUUCCUCCUUCCCCACAACCCUGGAGUGUCCCUUCCAUCUGUGACUCCUCUCAGCCUGUCCACUCUUUCUCUGGACUCCUGAAGACGCUUGGGAGCCUGCAGCCGGCUGCAAUGAGGACCGCUCUCGCCCUCCUGCUGUUCAUCUCUCUGGCCUGUCACAGUGUUCUCUCCUGUUCUGUCUGCAAAGGCCACGGCCUCAAAUGUCACACGUGCGUGGCGUCCAAUGACGACGACUGCAACCGACAGGGCUCCACCCCCUGCCCUCAGUACGCUGACGCCUGCUCCACCAUCACAGGACCCAACACCGUGAUGAAGUCGUGCACUUACAAGGCUUUCUGUGACAAGGCCCAAGGCGGCAGCUCUGGAGCCAAGGUGGCGUGCUGCUUCGGCGACGACUGCAACGGGCCCCACAGGAGCCACAGCCACGGGGCCCACAGCGGGGCAGGGGCUCCGGCCUCCGGUCCCGUGCUGCUGAUCACAGGCUUAUUGCUGCAUGUGGCACUGAGUCAGUUCUGAACAACCCCCCCCCCCCUUUCUUCUUUUCUUUUCCUUAUCUGUGGUGUUGUCAUGUCACCCGUCCAUCCUCCCUUUUUAAUUUGAGUAAAAAAAGAAAGAAAGGAUUCCAGCUGCAGAGAGU